AUGUCUCCCCUGCAGCGUCCCCGGCCAUUUCCUCCAGCCGAUGCCGGCAUCCAUCUUCUGGGUUCCGUUCCCUGUGAGCGUCGGGACAUACGUGGCAUACGGGGGAUGGAACCGGCGGGAAUUUCAAAAAUGUUAAAUAAAAUCUUAUAGUAUUACAUUACUGUAUCAAGCCAUUUCACAUACAUUUUGUCCCUAGUGCUUUGUCCUGUGCCCUGCCUGCAUUUUUACCAUUCUUUCUGCCUGGAAACUGAGAAAUGUCCAUGGCGUCCAAAAAGGUCCCUUUAGGUCAAAAGCGGUUUUAGACCAGCUAGAGAACAGCAAUAGUAAGUUAGCACCACAUGCAGAAUUGA